CCCAUGGAAUUAUCAUGGAAUACCAAACAUUGAGAAUUUGUCAAAAUUUUUGUUCUUAUUAGUUUUGGAUCUUUAAAUUUUAAAUUCUAAAGUUUUUUAUAUAUCUGUAAAUGGUUAAAAUGGCUCCUAAUAAACAUGAGAAGAAACCGAAAAAAGAAACAUCAGUGUGUCAGACCUCCAAAUGUGAUCUGGAUGCAGAAUGCACAGCGAGCUGCCCUGGCGGUAUCAGCGCAGCCUCAGGGCGAGGAGUCUCCCUGGGUAGAAAGACGGAUCGGCAACGCCGCAACAUGGAGCGGGUGGAAAUGCUUGCGCGACCCAACACGAGGCGGCUGCGGAGUCUCUGGGAUGAGAAGUGCGCCAUACUGCCACCCGAACGUCGGAACAAGAUCAAAAGCGCGCUGGAGGAGGACUAUUUCCUUAGUCCAGAGCAAACGGAGCAAUACUUCCAAGCCUUGAACCAGCAUACGGGGAAGUUCCACAUCCCGGGCGCCGGCACCAUCAGUCGCAAGGAGCAGGCGGAUAGGGCCAAGGAAUUGCGGCAGCGUCAGAAGUGGCUCGUCAAUUUUAGUGCACAGGUGGCAUAUCGCAUUUGCGACUACAUCGCGAAGGGCCAGAAAGAAAUGCUCGUGUCCAACAGGCUACGGAGCAUCGCUGAUGUGGUGUUGGAGAGAGUGGCCGACAUAUUGGGUGAGCCCAAACCCACUCGAACACACCCUGGCCGCCUGGCUCGCUUCAUGGUAGCGAUAUCCGACCGCAUCGCCGUCUGGAUAGAAAACGCCGUCUACCGCGCGGACGCCAUGGAGCCGCCCGAGGAACCCCAGCACGAGCACAUGCGACUUGACCAGGAACGCCCGCUUAUAUGUUAAAUUGGAUGAAGAUAUCGUGUCCGGAAAAUCCCGAAAUUGCGCCAGUCCGUGAAGAAUCGGCCAUAUACUCUACAAGUUAAUUUUUUUUCAGGGCCCGUAUUCGAUUGUAAAAUUAUGUCAUUGUAUGUAAAUGUCAUCCGUUUUAUUUAAAU